UGACAAAUUCCGAAAAAUAUAUUUCAGAGUAUGGAACGGAGUAUAGAAGAGUCAUCGACUUCGCCAGUUGGUCUAACAGUAUCUCAAGAUGAACCUACUGGCUGUGGUGCAUGGGCGCUUUUCAAUCCCCACUUUCGCAUGCACCGAUUUUUUGUCCUUUCCUUUAUAUGCUUCCUCAGUUUUGGUUCAUAUUUCUGUUAUGAUAUGCCGGCUGCAUUAGCUGACCAAAUCCAAAAAGAUAUGGAUGUUUCAGCAAGUAAAUACACGCUGUUAUAUUCUCUUUACUCUUGGCCCAAUACCGUUUUAUGUUUUUUUGGUGGAUUUCUUAUUGAUAGAGUGUUUGGACUCAGAGCUGGAACACUUAUUUUUAGCGGAUUCUGUAUCGUUGGACAUUUCAUUGUAUCUACUGGAGCUAUGUUGGGACCAGACUAUUACUGGAUAAUGGAAGCCGGUAGAUUCGUUUUCGGUAUUGGCGGCGAGUCUUUGGCUGUAGCCCAAAAUGCUUACAGUGUCAGUUGGUUUAAAGGGGCGGAGUUGAACAUGGUUUUUGGUUUACAGCUGAGUUUCUCACGAUUGGGCUCGACGCUUAACAUGAAUAUAAUGACUCCAAUUUAUAACAGCUUCCGCAGCUCUUUUCCCUCAUUCGAAGACUACGAAGUCUUGGGCGCUGCUCUUUUUGUAGGUUUUCUUCUGUGUAUCUUCUCAUUUAUGUGUGGUGUGAUAAUGUGGAUUCUAGACAGUAGAGCUGCCCGUAUUUUGAAAAGGAAAGAUGCGGGUACCGGAGAAGUUAUCCGAAUAACAGAUGUGGGCAAUUUCCCCGCAUCGUUCUGGCUGCUUUCAAUCAUAUGCGUUAUGUUCUACUCCGCUGUUUUCCCCUUCAUUGCGGUCGGCAAAAUUUUCUUUAUGGGUAAAUUCAACUUGAGUGACUCAAGUGCGUCUUUAUUGAACAGCAUCGUUUAUCUUAUUUCGGCUGGCGCCUCUCCGCUUUGCGGAUUCUUAGUCGACAGAACUGGUCUCAACAUAGUGUACCUGCUGAUAUCAACUAUUGGAACCUUGGUAGCGCAUAUGUUGCUGGCAUACACUUGGGCGAACCCUUGGAUCGCCAUGAUCAUUAUGGGCAUCUGCUAUUCUCUUUGCGCCUGUGCUUUGUGGCCGAUGGCUGCACUAAUUAUUCCCAACCAUCAACUUGGCACUGCCUACGGUAUGAUGCAAAGCAUCCAGAAUUUGGGUUUGGCGUUGGCAACAUUGAUUAGCGGAGCUAUAGUGGAAAGUUCUGGCUAUUUAAUGCUUGAAGUGUUCUUCAUUUGCUGCGUGUUUGUCGCUAUCAUUUCCACUGUGGUUUUGUUCCUUGUUGAUGAUUACUACGGGGUAGGGUUGAAUCUCACUGCCAAACGAAGGCUCAAGAUAGAGAUGGAAGAGCGAGACCGAGCAGAAUUGAUGACAAACCACUCUGAAGUGUCAUCGCAGGCUGACGGAUCGAUUCAUGCAGAGAUCAAUUACGACGUUUUGUCACAACCGAGAGAUGCAAAUGCUCUCCGUCAUCGUUUGUACUCGUUCGUCGCUCCUGAAGCGGAAGAGCCGGUGGAAACGUUCAAAGCCAGGACUACUUCCUUAUCACGAAGAUCAGUGGUUUCAUAAUCGAUCAAAUAACUUUCGCACUUGGACUGAAAUAGAGAGAAGAACUCCCUUGGGUACCUCUCCUAAAUUCUUUGAUAUUAUAAUUUCUCAUCAGCUAGGUUUCUAAUGUUCAAUGAAGAUGUUUUAAAGAAAAACUUUUAACCCAAAAUAUUUUUCAUUUUUUCCCCCAAUUUUCCAUAAAAUUUCUAACUGUCUAUCUGUUUUACGUCAAAUUUUACUGGUGCUGAAGAUUUUACUGAUAGAAUUUAAAUUUUGUUUUCGUUCAAAGAGUGUCCUAGAAAUAUAAUGGGUUUGCUAUAAUUGUACACGUGUUAUUAGAAAUCAGACCAGCAAGUCGCUAAACCGAGGAUCUGUCAGUGGUCACCGUUAGUUGGUGGAUAUUAUCAUGCUUGUUUUUCUUCUCUUUGGUCAUGCUAGUUAGCUCGCGAUGUUUAUACCCAUGCUUGCUGAGUUAAGUAGUUGUUACUGGUCGCGUUUCUAAAUCAAAAUUGCAACAAGUGAAAUUGAAUUACAAAUCACAGUCAAAUUAUAAUUUCCUUGAUAUCUUAGUUACUGUAAAUUGUGUUUAUUAGUCAUUAGUUAGAAUUAACGAUAUUCCAGUAA